AUGGAUGUCUAUCCCGUUCACUUACUUGAUAAUGCAGACGAUUAUCGCAAGAUCGUUAUGUCCUAUAUUUUCCGAUUCAGCGAUGUCCUGGAUGGCCAAAAGCUAGCAGACUCGCUCUCAGCUUUGCUCGAAAUUGGCGACUGGCGCAAACUCGGCGGACGGUUUAAGCUCAAUAAAGAUGGAAAUCUUGAGAUUCACGUCCCACGACAGUUCACUCCUGAAGCGCCGGCGGUUACCUUCUCACAGAAGAUAAUAGCUGCGAGUGUCGACACAGAUCCGCUGGGAAAACAGCUGCCCAAGCUGACAGGCUGCCAUCCGGUGCAGCGGACGCCGCCCCAGCUGCGAGACUUUGCCGGCACUCCCAGCCCACCCAGAUCCAUAAAGGAGAUGCUAGAGCGAGAUGCGACGUUGCUGCAUCUUCAUGUCGUCUGCUUCUCUGACGCUACGGUGGUCGGCAUAACGUGGCCGCAUGUUCUCAUGGAUGCGAUGGGGCUGCAGGCGCUGCUGCGCAACUGGUCGCUGGUCCUCGAUGGCAAAGCAGAGGAUGUGCUUCCCCUGGCUGGAGCCCGAGACGAUCCUGUUCAGGAAUUACUUCGGCAAGACGCUGGCCCAGCUGAAGCGCCAGUUCUAGAGAAGCUGAGCUUUGGACUGCUGGGAACUGUCACGUUUCUGUUUCGUCUCAUCUGGAUGAAACUGCGGAAUCCAGGCUUUGAGCAGCGGACGAUUAUCUUCCCCCAGGACAGGUUGAAUCAGCUCUGCGCUCGGGCUCGCAGCGAUCUUGAAAGCCAAGGCGAGAAAGAGCUUUUUCUUGGUGAAGGUGACGUUCUUGCAGCGUGGGCAGCGCGGGUGCUAGCAGCUUCGCAGCCCCGGCCACACCUGGCCACCAUCGUCAGCGUUGUUAACUUCCGAUUCACGCUCAGUGCCCUGCAAGGAAAAGGGGCACAAUAUAUCCAGAAUAUGCUACAGCUGGUUUAUGUCUCCCUUGCCCGAGGCUGGACUGCUGAACCAUUCGGAUUCACUGCCCUUGCCCACCGGCAGCAGCUCGCGGAGCAAUGUACGGAAUCGCAGACGCUUAGCUAUCUUCGGAUGCAGCAAGACCAUAUUGAAGCCAAGGGGAAGCUAAGGCUGCUGUUUGGCAAUCCGAAGGCCUCAGUUCUGAUGGUUAAUAACCUCGCGAAGCUGGAUUUCUUUCGAAACAUCGACUUCUCUGCAGCCGUAGUACGGAGAGACCCAACACGCCCAAAUCCACCUGGUGCGAUUGUCUACUAUCACACGCAAGUUAUGAAUGACCAUUCUGUGUUUAGCAGUUAUCUGGGUGUCCUCGGCAAGGACCAUAGCGGCAGGAUCCUAAUAAACGGGACAUUUCCUACUAAAACAUGGGAGUUGAUCAUUCAAGAACUCAAAGGUGAGAUAUAA